AUGUAUGCUACAAAGGAACACAAUCCGGAGAAGUUUCAGAUUAUUGAAAUUGUAUGCAAUAAUAAAGAUGCUCUUAAACAUCUUGCAACAAAGUUUCAUGGUGAACAAGAAAUUUUACAAAAUAAAAUUAUAUCAUUUCUGAAAUUUGUAUGGGAACAGUUCGGAAAUGAAUAUCAAAUUUCAACGAAGACAGAGUGUCUUAGUAGUGAUUCUCGAAUUAUUCCUAAUGAUUGUCCUGUCUAUGUGAAGAAUGAAAUUAAAUGGUGGGUUUGGAAAUUAAUCUAUACAAUUGACUGA